GUGGUAUGUAGGCUAAUGUAACAGAAGCGUUAGGUUAGUAUUCAACUGUUAUGCAAGCGUGGGUGCUUAUGUGUGCUGCCCACCAGAAGGCAGUCUCGCAACUAGGAAGCGUGAAAAAUGGUCGCAUCGAGUCCACAGCAAUACUUGCAGACAGUUGACUAUGCUAUGACCAAUACAUUAUUCAAGGGUGAAUGUUCAAAAGUGACAGUACAAAAGUGUAUGUCUAUUCUGCAGGAUUUAGAGGAUGUGAUCAAGAGGACCAGAGAGGCUGGAGUCAAAACACUUAUUUCUGUCACUGAAGAACCCAGUGAGUUUGAAAGAGUUAUCCAGCUGUUUAAAAGCUACCCAGAUCUAGUUGCACCAUGUUUUGGAAUCCACCCAGUCCAAGGCUGUGGGUCCCAUGACCAGCGCAGCGUGAAGAUUCAGGACUUGGAGCCUGCCUUGCCCUUGUUCCAGAAGUACAGAGAUGACAUUGUUGCUGUUGGAGAGAUUGGUCUUGACUUCACACCUUGGUAUGCCCCCACUUCUCAGGAGAGAGAGGAACAGUUGACUGUUUUCACCAAGCAAUUACAAAUAUCCAAGGAUCUGGAUUUGCCGGUGAACAUCCAUUCCCGAUCAGCUGCAAAGGUCACCAUAGCUACUCUGAAAGAACAGGGUAUCACUUGUGCUCUGCUGCACAACUUUGCAGGGAAACCAUCAGUGGCCAUGGAAGGAGUGCAGGCAGGGUAUUUCUUCUCCUUCCCUCCAGCUGUCUGUAGGAAUGACCAGAAAGCCAAGCUGAUCAAACAGAUUCCAUUAGAACACAUCUGUCUGGAGACAGACUCUCCUGCCUUGGGACCAGAAAAACAUGUAAGGAAUGAACCCAAGAACAUAUCACUGGUCUGUGAGUACAUUGCUCAUGUCAAAGGAAUCACACCUCAAAUGGUAAUUCAUGCCACUACAGAUAAUGCCCUCAGAUUGUUCCCAAAAAUUAAGAGACUUGAGUGACACGUUUUGUAAUUAAAUUAAUGUUGUGUUAUCUCAUGCUGUGUUUCUGAAAAUGAAAUGGAAUUGUGAAAUAAAAUGCUCAAUCAACAAGUGUUUUUGCAUAUGUGAUGGACACUUCUAUAUAUAAUUUAAGUGCCAUUUAUUUCAGAAAUAUUCCACUUGGUGCUGAAGGGUUCCUCUGCUUCAUUAUACCAGGUGGGACUUGUCUGAAAAAACAAAACAAAAAAAACAAUAUAUGUAUCCAUAGCUUGUAUUAUUAACCAUUAGGGGCGACAUGGUUUCAAUUUGAGGAACAUUUUUAAAGACCUCAAGUUUCUUGAUGGGCGGCA